AUGCUCUUCCGACGCAGGCAAGUUUGGCCUCCUGAGCCAACUGUCAUGACUCAUUGGAUUAUGCAGGGUCUUUGGCAGCUGAUGUGGCCUGACCAAAGCCACUUACCUCGACUGCUGGCAGCACAGGAACUCGGGCCGCUGGAAGAGCCAACAGUGCCGAGCAGCAUGCCGCCAGACAAACUGCUGUGCAAUGGACCGCCUGAGCCUCCAAAUCCUUCGCCUGUCGAGACCGCUUUCUGCCACCACACCUGCGGCCUUCAUUGUGGGAGUCUUCAGGCUAUGCUGAGCUCACAGCCUCAACGUAGAAUGCCACACGCCAC